AUGGAGGUUCAACUGUGGUCAGCAAUUGACUUGUCACAAGUUGGAACUCACAAGAUUCAUGUAACAGAAAGCAAGUGGAACAGGCUUCUUAGACUGUGAAGCAACAGAGCAAGCAUCAAAGUUCCAAGAGUUCUUAGUCCCCUAGGCCAUAUUAAAUAACAUGAAGGACUUUUCCAAAAGUCUGUGUCAAAAAGAGGAUACCAAGCUUUGCAAUAUGCCCAAGUUUGGUGUCAUUCAGGCCAAUAUUGAAUAAGAUACAGUCAUUCAAAACAUUGUUAAAAAUCUACUUUGAAAUGUACUGAUUGUCAGUUGCUUGAACAUUUUUACUUCCUGUGCAUGCACUUAUCAUUGGGUUGCCUUGAUAUUUGUUUGUCACAAUUAUUUUGAGCAAGCAUACUUCCAGUAGUUAUACUUCAACUCUCCCUUGUCUUUGCCUUCCAGAGUAGAGGGAUGGCAAAAUAUAUGAGUAAUAUUACAAAAAUAUUUGCAAAUCUUGACAGGUUUGAUUUCAUUCAAUUUGUCAACAGAAGGAAGACACUGACAUGUUGGCAUCAGGUGGGUCAUUCUAAGAUCCUUUUGCUAGCCUGUACAUGCCGAUGUAUUUGUGUCAUUUUUAUUGUUAAAGUACUGCAAAAGGUUAAAACAACCAAAAGAGUAAGUUAAAGGGAAAGAUGAUAUUUCAUUUUAUGGAUUAUGCAGAUGACCAUGGACUAUAACAUUUUUUUGUAACAAAUAUGCAAACACAUAUGACUUGCUUCUUGCUCAAGAGACUUUUGUAGAAAGAGCUGCUUUGGGUAGUUUAAUAUUCUUUUACACUUUCAUGUUUUCAAAACAAAAUGUAUGGCAAAAUAUCUUUCAACGUAGUUUGAUUCUCAGUUUCCUUUGUCUCUUCAAAUUCAAACUACAAUAGGUAGAAAAUAAUCAAACCAGACUUUUAUAUUAAACUACACAAUCGUGUACAACAGACCAAACUAAUUUUUCAAUCUAACAGAUGUUGCAGUAAUAGGGUAUUUGCUUCUUGCAUUAUUUUAAUUCUAGAUACUGAAGAGAGCGAGGAAACUCCUAAGACAGUAAGUGUGUUCAUGCUCACACCACAGAUAAUUUGUUUUUUUAUUUCUUUUUCAUCUGUCUAGAUUUUUGACAUUUUAUGCAUUAUUAAUUUGUAACCUUAAAAUUUGAGUUGGACAUAAAAUAUCUUAUUACUGGUAUCAAUAUGGUAUCUAGAUUCAUUGGUAGGAUAGAGAGUUUUUGUAUCCUUUGUAGGCGGGAGUCAUAGCUGAAUGGAGUGAAGUCAAUCGCAAACUACGACAUCAUGGUUUCCAACCCGUUAUGGUGUUACCAUCCAGCAGAUUGCAACAUCUUCCUGGUGGUAAGAAAACUAUAAUUUUGAAUGUGUCUUUUAAUGCUGGUCUGGUGUCUUUGUGCUAGGAAUGUGCCAAAAUUCAUGUACACAGGGUUCAAUAGGACUUGAAGUAGGUGUCUGCUCAACCUUCAUUAGGCAGCUGUGACAAAUGGUGGGGUCGUAAACUAGGGGGGGGGGGGGGGUGUGGGAAGGGGGGGGGGGGGGGGGGUCUGAGACAUGUUCCCAAAGAAAAUUUUUAAAUAUAUGGAAGCUCUGAGAUGCAAUAUAUUUGAAGCCACUUUGGGUAUCAACUUCAAUAUUACAGAAUAACUACACAACACGUUCUGUUGACUAGUUUUAAAAGUUUUAUCAGAGGAACAAACUUUCCACUUUAGGUAAAUGUAAAGGAAAAAAGUCUUGUCACUUGGUUAUUGUUAGUGCCAACUUGCAAGCUAGUUAUUGUUAGUGUCAGCUUGUUAGCUAGUAGUUAUUGUUAGUGUCAGCUUGUAAGUACUGUUUAGAGUAUUGCCUCUAUGUAAUUUUCUGUCUGUAAGUACCUGUUUUUGUUACGAUUGCAACAAAAAAAAUAAUAACAAAAAUAAGAAAGGUUAGCUCAUAAUAACGAAUGUGUUUCAAUACCAAGGCAUAGUAGCAUUUAAAAUGUACCUUUAGCCUUCUUGGCAUUGUCCUUGAAUUGACUGAAACCAACAAAACUUAGCGUUUUUUUCCAUUUGGCUGCCAUUACUAUUGCAAACUGUGUAGCACUGGAAUUGAGUAUCACAUGACCAUGUUUUACUGUGAAGGGCUGGGCCAAAGUGAAUGUCCCAUACCCAGAAGUAUAUGCAGUUGAAAACAUGGUGGUUGUCAAGUACGGGAGCAACAGCAGGCACUCUUGUUUGGUCUCAAUUGUUUAGAUUAUUUUGUACAGUAUAUCCAGGGAUGUCCUUAAGAGUAAGGUGCCGGCUAAUUUCUCCGGCUGAAAAAGAGCUUAUCACCAGCUCAAAUUGAAAGGAAAACAAAGACGUGGGAAUUUUAGCGAUGAAAAUGAGUAAAACAGCCAGCUUGACUAACCAAAAAGCCUGCUUAUCAUUUUCUUAGCUUCAUCCCUGUAUAUCACAAAGAAAACUCAAAAUCAGAUGAAAGGGAUAGGUAGAAGACCUGAGCACAAACGAACAAGACAGGGUUGUCAAUAGUAGCCGGCUACCAACGAAAAUCGCCACCAACUUGGUUAGUAUUGGCCGGCUACUCUACUUGGCAUUUCUUUACCGAUGGCAUUUUUAAUUUCCCUGGUCUACUUCAAAACGUUCUGACAACCCUGGUAAGAGAAAAGCAGCAAAUAAACUGCAAAGUAAGGAGCUACAAAUUCCAAAGUAGGCAGCAAUCAGUCACCGGGUGCUGGCUUCUAUUGAGAAGCCUGUGUACAGAUCAAAACAGAAUUUUUAAAUAUCACAAAAACUGUAUUGCUGGUAUAACUUUUUCACUCUUUAUCCACGCAAUGCACUCAGUUCUUGUACAUAUAAAAAAGGUUAUGCACAUGUAAACCAGCCUUAAAUUGGCAAACGUAUCAUGGCCCCAAGAGCUUGCUGAAAAUUAUGAUUCUACAGUUGCGCUUGACCCCAAAACACACUUUUGGGAUCAAGAAGUUCACAGCUCAUCAUUCUGUUAUCAUUAAACACCAGUCAGAGUGCAUCUAAGAGUUUUGUAGUAAUACUUUUGUACAUUCUUGUCUUUCCUUAAGCCCACCUCAAAUAGCUUGUGGCUAACUGUGGGUUCUCAAGUAUUGUGUGACUGUAUAAGUUAGACAAUAAAGUUUGUUUGCCUGUUGUUGUUGUUCCUCUUUAUCAUAUCAUAGGUCCUUUUGAAAACUUCCAUUCUAUUGUGAACCCUGUUGUGAAAUUAUGUAUUGCUAACAUAAAAAAUAUCAAUGAUUUUUGUUCUAGUUAAUAAAAAGAUGUUCAAAGAAAUGUAUCUCCUUAUUUUUCCAGAAGCUGUUGUGUUGGAGGAGUUUACAUCCAAGAAUUUGCGGCACACAUUGGACAAACUGAUGACUGACUGUGAUAGACGACAGUCAAUGGUGCAGGAACUUAUCUCUUCUUCUCACAGAAUACAGUUAGUACUUUUCGCAUUUCAAUGAUAUUGUCACACCAAACUUGCACAAGUGCACGUACAGCUGUACAAACACACUGUAUACAGUAGUCCAUCUCUAUAAAAUAGGGGAAAUCUUCAGUGAAUAAGGACCUCCAGGUAUUAAUGAUUUUCUCCUGACCGCAAGUUCGGUAGCUUGAGAGUUCGGUAGCUUGAGAAAACAGCUGACAUUUUAUGAUGCCACCACUGGUUUCCCACCGAAUGACACCCAAGGAGUGAGAGCAGAAAUUCCAUACUGAUGAUAUACAUGUCACUUCUCAAGGUCUUUGUAGUGCUGGUAGUGAUUGGUUGUGCUGGUACAAAAAUUUGCUUCAACCCAUCAGAAGCUUUCACUUAUGCUACAAAUUCAUGCAAUUUCAACUGGACGUGUAUGUCAGUUUAAUAUAUUUUAAUAAACAAAACUCAAAGUACAAGUACAAAUUAAAUUGCAGGUCUAACUUGGGUUAGUCAAGUUAGGGAUACAUGUUACAGCUGAUCUUUAUCAUGCCCAGCGGGCAGAUAAGCCCAGAAUUGUUUGACGUUAAAAUAAACAUGCUCAUAUUGAUUUUACAUGUUUAUACACUGUCCAUUUGCAUUUGGAGCAGACGUUUGAAACUAUAUUAAUUUGAGGAAAUGAAGCUUGAUUCAAAUGUCCUUGAAGAAACAUUCACUUUAAUUGGUCUUGCUUCGAUCUUAACCACACAGUGGCUUGCGCAAAUAAACCAUGUUGUGUCGUAUAUGUCAAUGUAAAAUUAUUGAGAAAUCAGUCAUGGGUGAGUCUUUUGUUUUCUGUCUCAUGAGACUUGAUCCUUGACUUGGUUCUCUAUAACUUGUUCUCGAUUCUCCCUUCGCAUGGGAAUCAAGAACCAAGAAUCAAGACACGCAACAGACUGUCAACUUACUGCAGUGUAAAACUUCUGACCAACUGGGGAUUUUUGAAGACACAUAUUACAUUUAUCUCAAACCUUUCCCCAAGGCUAUUUUAAAAAGGCAUGUUCUCAGUUAGAUGGGUGUGGCUGUUCAACACCACUGAAUUAAAACAAUAUAUGAUUGAUGUAUAAUUUAGGAAUGCUUAGUUAUUAAUUGUCUGUUAAAUGAAAUACAGUUCCAACAGCACUGAUAGUGACUACUGUGCAUGUAUAAGGUUUCUAGUAAGUGCCUUUUAUACAAAAAUAUUUGUUGUAUAUUAAUAGCAGGAGUAUGAAUCUCUUUUGAUUCUUUCUUGAUUCCUUAGGAGAGAUGCUGAUGAAGAAAGGAAUCGAGUUUAUCGUUUUGAAAUGGAGGUGUGUUGUGUGAAGCAAAACGUGCGAUGUACAAUAAGUAUCAACCAUUGUUGAGUCAACAUUAACUUUUUUGCAUAGUCUUCAACCUGCAAAGAAAGCCAAAAUAUGAGUAGUAGUACUGUGUGUAUUGUCCCAUUUUGCUGUUGACUGAUCAGUUUUGAUUCAGUUGAAAUAUUUAUUGUUCCUUCUGAAAACCAAAAAAAUUAGAGUUUUUAAACUCACUGUCACAAAAGACAGCAGUAAACUUCCUUUAAGAAGAGACGAUUGAAUAGGGACUGUGAAAUUCCUUUUUUACAGAUAAGAAACCUUCAAAGAGAGCUAGAAGAGGAGAAGCUUAAAACUCAGGUUAGAAGUCGUUUACUAGAUAUAUAGCUAACUGUUAUACUCUUCUUUAUAAUACCCAUUUUUGCAGUAAUAUAUGGACCACAGUUCUUGGCAGUGGGGUGGGUUAUCAGUCAAGAGAGUAUCCUUGGAUUGCUUACUACAUGUAGAAAACAAAUGAGUAUGUGUUAGUGGCUUGGAUCUAAGGAAGGUAUUGAGACACCUUGGUGAAAUGUAAAAAUGUUUUCUCAAGAAAAAGUGAUUUUGAAUUUGAGCUCUUUUUAAAAGUUUUUGGAAGGGAUUCAGAAAGUUUGAUGGUAGAUACCCAGUGAGGUUCACAGAGGGUCUGUAUAAGUUAAUAAGGAGAUCAAAGUUCAAUUUAAGGAUCAACACUGAGUACUUUGUAGGCAACUUUGUAGGCUGGUGCUUUCUACUUAAAGUAAAUUAUUAUUAUUCUAAUAUUAACCCUAAAAAAAAUUAAGUGUACAGGAUAGGGAUACAGUGGAAUAUUUCAAUGCCUUGAAGCAAUCAAUGGAGAAUGACAUACUUUGAGUUAAUCAAAGGUUUAAGCCAAUGAAUUCAUGAUUGAUGAAUGUGAUGACAGUAAUGUUUUACUUUACUUGUAGGAGAUGGAGAGAGUACGUCUUGUUGAACUUCAGCAUCAUGGAGAGGAAGUGCAAGAGUUGAAAAGAAGCAAAGCCGAACUUGCUGCAUUACAUGGACAACUGGAGCAUAAAGUAUCUCAGAAAGAAGCAGAAAUAACAAGGCUGCAACGCGAAUAUCAAGAGCUUAUCCAGGUUUGGGUGUAGACUUAUCAUACAUUAGCCUAUCAAUAGGAAAGGAUAGGCAUCUCUUUUAAAAUCUUGGUUCCUUUCAACCACAUAUAAUAAGUGUUUUUUUGUUACUGUUCUGACUUAUGUGACCUUCCAUACAGUGCCUCUCAAUUAAGGCAACAAAUAAUAUAAUCUUUUAAUAAAUACAGCUGUAGAUGUGACAAUAGUGCAUGAAAACAAUGACAAGUCCCACGACAGUUAAGCAUUGCUCCAUCAACAUUUUUUCAGCACCUAAGGGACUGGUCAUUAUGUAUGUAGAGGGGGGAGGGAAAAAGAUGUUCGAAUGAUCAAAAUUUCUGUAAGGCCCCCCCUGUGGACCAUGUAAAUAGCAAGUGACCCCCUGUCUUUAUUCAAUAUUUACGUGAUGACCCCCCCACCACCACCACCUCAUAUCUCCUGUUACAUGCUCUACAAAGUAAUUAUUAAAAUGCAUGUAACAAUACUUUGUUAAGAGUGAAGACUUAUCGGUAAAUGGUACUAAUCAUAAGAUGAUUAGUUACUUUGCAUAACAACGGAACUAACCUACUCUAUUACAAAAUCAGCCUAUAUAUAUAUGAAAAGUGAUAGAUUUUUACAAAUCGUGCCUUCAUGGUGAACACAAACGUAAUAACCAUGCAAAAUAUAACUCUUUUCAAAUGAUUUUCCUACAGUUGUAAAAGGACUACUUUCUUGUUGUGUCAUCAUGUUUUUCUUGGGGUCUCCAUACUGAAGUGACACAAGCAUUUCAUUAACAGAAAAUUCAGUCAAACCAAAUAUUAAAGUACAUAGGUCUGGAUUCUUAUUAGCUAAAAUUUGAAAUAAAAAUGAAGUUUAGAGUGCAAACAGAAUUUCUGUCACAUACAAAUGACCAAGUUGUACAAAAUAAUGAUGCUUUAAAUAGACAGAAAGCAAUAGGAUUAGCAUAAAAUUGUACAAUUUAGCAUUACUGUUUGACAAGUAUUGUUUGUGCUCUACUAUUUAACUGCUUUACCCAUAUUGGCCAAUGGACCCCUCUUAAAAUAAACCUGGCGAUCAAACUGCUGACCCCCCUAUACUUCUUUAUGAAAAAGUUUAGCCCCCCCCCCCGCCCACCCAUAAAAACCCCUGUCCCCCCCCCCCCCCACCCCCCCCCCCCAUUUUCCCCCUUCUCCCCCCCCCCAUCACAAACACCACCCCCUCCAAACACACACGACCAAUACUCACUUUCUCUCGACAACUCUCUCGACCAACACGCUAAUUACACUAAUUGGCAGACGUCCUUCGUUUAGCAGUUCCCGGCCGACAAACUGCGCACCCCCCAUCACUGUUCUAUUGGAAGUGUUUACCCCCCCCCUUGCGCUAUAAAAAAUAGCCUUGUCCCCCCCCCCCCCGCCACCCCCUUCUUUUUGUCCCUCUUCUCACCCUCUGCAUAAAUAGUGACCGGUCCCUAAAAUUAAGCUGGAAAGUAUGUUAUCUUCUGCAUACAAUUUGCUAGAAUAGAUGUGUUAAAAUGAUAAUUUCCCUUCUCUUAUUAAAAUACUUCAAGGAGGGAAGAAAGGUCAGGAGUCGAAGCAAACUAAGCAAAUAUAAUUCUCCAUACAGGCAUGAUACUACAGAUCAAAGGUAUGAGGUAACAACAUGGAAAUUUGAGAUUGUUCGCAAUUUGUCAGAGUUUGUUUUUUAAGUAGUUUUGCAUCUUAAGUUUUAAAUAUUUUGUUCACUUACAGUGUAACUUUUUGAUGUUGUUGAAUAUGAUCGACAGCUAUGAAUCCCAACUCAGUAGAGUUCAGCAAGAGGUUGGUCACUUGGAAAAGAAAACAGAAAUGCACAGCAAGCCUUCAAGUGUUGAUAGUUUUGAUGAUCAGAGGUCAACAUCUCAGUCUGACAGCAAUGGGGACUCAGUUUCCCAAAAAGGAGCAAUUACACAAAGAGUGGGCAGCAGUGCUUAUACACCAAAAAGAAGUGAAGUUGAACUAGCAGUAAGAUUCUGGCUGUUACAUCGAUAUUAAUCACAGUACAGCCUAACUUACCUUAGCAUCCAUACUUUUGGUCAAUGUGCCUUAACCUGCGGGCAUAACAAAGUAUUUCACAGUACACAGACAAGUUAAGGAAAGGAUGUGCGUACAGUGUAUUGUACAUUGUAUCAGUAAUGAUUACAUGCAAUGUCAAUUAAUGACUCGUCAUUCGUCACCAAGCAUCAUUAUUGUACAGUACUCAGAGAGUACCAGGUGUUAUGGGAAGGAUGUGCAUAUUCAUUACAUCCUAUUAGAUAAGAUGCAAGGCCACAUAAAUGUAACUCUUGGGUUACAUCUAAAAGGUGAAAGCUUUCUUGCAGUACCAUUCUGAUAUGGAAAAAAAAGUUGGGCUUUUUAUCCUCUCACACUCUAUGUUUUCUUAAAGAACCAGUAAAGAGAAUUCAAUAAUGUUUCAGUACAUUGUAAGACUGAGUUGGUGGAUUUGUCAUGAAUUUGUCCUUCUUGUCUUAUUUUUAUAGACUUUAGAGAAACAGCUGAGAGAAUCUAAAAAGUUGAUUAAGCUUUUGGAGAGUGAGAACACACAUCUAAAGAUGGAGUUAGAAUCAAGGUUUUGUGCUAUUGAUUUGCACCAGUGUGUUAUAUGAUAAUAAUCUAAGCUUAAUAGGAAUAUAUUAUACCUACCAUCAAACCUGAACAGUGAGAAUGUGACUGCCAAAUUUCUCUUCCACAAGCACUUAGAUGCAAAGGACAGAGGUUAUUGUUAAGUUCACCCUUUCUCUCAUAUUAAUUGUACGUUAAUUGCAUUUCAAUGACUACAGUCUUUUAAAUUUGUUAAAUAGACAUUAGAAAAAAAGGAUAUCCCCUAUUAGUAAUGGUGUAACGAUUAAUCAAAGUCUUGAUUAAUCAUGAUUAUGACCGUUUGGUUCGAUUCACGAUUCUUUGCAUCCACAUUUCAAUUUUGGUUCGAUUUUUGCAUACCUUUUCCAGGGUGCCCUCAAUGAGUUAUUAAAUAGUAAAAUCAGAAUUCAGAACUGUGUAAAAUGUGUGUUUUUAAUUGACAAGGAAAGACGAUAGCAGCUCGUCUGCCGUUUUGUGUGGCCUGGUAAAAAUGCUGUCCUUCAACCACCCCUUGAGAAUUUCCAAAUACGGCAAACCACGUGCAACACCCUCUUUGUCAGGUUCUCAAACAUGGCAACGAACCAAGUGACUGUGAAUCCUCCUGUCCCUGUUACUAUUCUCCAAUUGAGGGUUUAGAGUUACAUGUUGUUAACCUUAUGCGUUAUGUUAUAAGAGUUAAGAAACAUUUACAUAAUAGAAUCAAAAUAAUCUAAAUCGAAGGGCAGUAAUUGAAAUCCAAUCAAAUCGCAAGGAAUAUGAAUUGUUACACCCCUACCUGUUGGUAUGGAUUUUAACUCUUUGGGCGGUUAUUUAAGUUGUAGUUUAAGACAAUUGUUGAUCAUCCAUAUAUUUUUAUAAAGUUCCUCCAUUUAAGUUCAUUUCGUUCUUUACAGCUGCUUGAUGCUGUUUAAGCAAAGUAGUGUUUUAUAUGUUGCCGUUGGUCAAACUGAAUAUGAAUUAAAAGUCACCUUUUUUGGUUGACCUUGAGAUGAUUGCCGUGUAUGCAUGGACAAAACCAAAGCCUUUAGCUGAUAAAAUAAAUAAUGAGCAUUAACAGAAACCAUUUUCAAGGCAAUAUGAAAAUCCCUGAACAAUGUAUAAACUCUUUGUUAAAAUUUUUGGCACUGCAACCCACAUGGCAAUCAAGUUAAUCUCUUGUAUAAAAUGGCAGUAUCAUUGUUUUCUUGUAUUAGACCUAAUCGAGAUCAGUGGAAGAACGCAAGGAAAUACAACAAAAAGUUGGAAAAAAUUCUUGCUGAGAACAAUCUCAGGUGAUCAUUGAAGUGUUAAAUAUUUUUGUAAUUUUUUUCACUUCCCCAUUUUUUGCACUGUAAGUUUUGUCACUCUCAGUUUAUUAUGUUUCUGUCAAAGGCAAUCCAUUUAUGUGGCUUUGUUAUGUACAAAAUAAGGCUUAGAAGUGGCUGAGUUUCUGACCGAGAUUUUCUUGAACCAUUAAUUUAAACUAACAAAGAAGUCUCAUGUAAAGAGCAUAACAUAUUAAUACUGUUCAUGUUUAUAAGACUUGCUUAUGGCUUCCCCCUAGUCCCCAUAGGUUUAUGAAGACUACUCCCUCAGCUCAUCAAUGUGGCUGAGUACUUUCCUCAAGCCAAAAAUACCAACUAGAAGCAAAGUUCUGUCUUUAUAGCCUGAAAUGCUUUUUCUAGCUCUUAUCAGAUUAUUAAGGUUCCUGUUGUCAGUUCAUCAUGGUGAACUGCACUGUACCUUUGCUUAACAACCCUUGUGUACAGUUCAGUUCUGCAAACUAUGAUUGUAAGAUCAGUAGUCUGCAGCUCCACAUGGGCUAUCACACUCUGUCAGCUAAGUUAUUUUCACCAUCCUAAUAACCCUAGAAUUUCUGCUAAGGUCAUUCUUACCUCUUGUAUUUACUAGGUGGGCACCCAAUAUAUCACCAAAUUAUCCCUUUCCAAAAAUGUGUUUUGAUAGUUUUAAUUUUAAGGUGUCUUUUUUCUUUUAAUUUUCUAGUCCUCCACGGAAGAUGAAGCAAAAAGAAAAAAGGGCCAUGGAAACUGAAGCAAAACCUUCCUCAAAACCACAGAGAUACCGCACAAAUGUAAGACCUAAACUCAUAGUUAGCUCUUUUUAAAUGUUUCUAGUACAACUUUAUGUUUCCUGGAAGUAAUUAAUCAAAUUGAUUUCUAGACAUAAAGCUGAAUUAGUACACAAUGUUACGGAUUAUGAUUAAUUAUUUUUUGGUAAUAACAUGGUUGCCAGAGGUAAGGAAAUGGUCAGGGAAAAAAAUUCUUCAGGGGAAAAGUCAGGGCAUUUCACUUCAAGUCAGGGAGAAAUGAAAUUUUAAGAGUACAUACUUCUUUUCCCUCCACUUGUAUUGUUUGUAACAUUUAAAAUUCUCUUUUACAUUUUGCGGACAUGAAUUGUGUUGUAUGUAAUUGGUGUAAUAUCAAUACUAAUUUUUGAAAUUGUUUAUUCCAUUGGUCAGGGAAAUUUUAUAUUUGUCAGGAAAAACGUCAGAGAAUUUCAGAAAACUCUGGCUGUGGCAAUCAUGAAUAACUUCUGUUUAAUUUCCUUUAACUUCUUUAUGGUUUCAACCAUUUGAAAUUUCAGCUGUAUCAAAGAUGACCUAUAUGCCCUUUAAAAGAUUCAUAGUUUUCCAUACAGUUUUCAUGAAAAAAGAAUUAUUUGCACAUCUUAUGUUAUCUGUUUUUGGGUUAGAAUAAUAUUAUUAUUAGUUGAAGGGAUUGCUUGUUUCAGACAUAUGCAAGUAUUCAUACACAAAUGGCUUCUUUUCCUGUAGAUUGAAGACAUUGAUUUUCUACCAAUUGAUGUUUGUCGAGAGUAUUUGAAGGUAUUUUCUACAUAUCUGCUGCUUAACCUGGAUAAGAAAACCAGCUUGUGAUCCAUUACAGCUGAUUUCAGUGCGGAGAACAGAAAAAAAAUUUAAAGGAAAAUAGAUAUGCAAUCACAGUUAGGAAAUUAUUUUAAGGGUUCAUGUUAUAAUACAACAAUAUUGUAUUUUGAGUGGUGAUCUGCAUAUAUGUCCUUUCAAAAAUUAUCAGGACUCAUGUUAUAUAUUGCUUAUUUUAUUCUUAGGAAGUGUGCGGCAUACUUGAGAUUAAUAACCUUCAAGGCAUGGAAGACAAAGUAAACUCUUUGAAGUUGCCUGCACAGUCUUAUCCUGCAAUGGAAAAGGUUUGUUUGUCUGGUGGUGAUAAAAAUGUGUACAUGUGAGGACAUUAUUUUAGGCACUGAUGAGAAACCUCUCUUGAAAUAAAAAGUUUUAAAAACGGUGGUCUUUGGAAUUUAAACAGUUUAAACAGGAAUACAUAGUAUCCAUUAACAAUUGACCUGUCACUUGGUUAUCACUUGUAUUUUUAUGCCAACUUUUACUGCUUUAUAACAGCAAUCUUUUUUUUUUCCUCUGUUAGCUGAUAAGAAAUAUCAUGGAGUUACUCAGUUCAAAGGAUUGCCCCAGCGCCAUGUUAUCUGAAGACAUUCUUUCCCAGAGUUCACAUGAGUUUCACUGCGAAAGGGCGUGGCAGAAUAUUGUUCCUGUUCUCAGGAAGUGGCUGAAUGAACUUACAGGUCUCAAGGCAAGUUAAGGCUAUACUAUCUUCAUUUACAAUUCCAGCUAGACUUGAGAGAUUAAAAGCUGCCCUGAUAAGUCUGUCUGUAAAUUCUCUCUGAGGAAAUCGCCUUCGCAUUGUUGCUUUUUAGACAGCCAUAUUCCACUAUAGACCUUUGAGUCAGUUAAUUUGAUUAAUUUUUUUAUCAUUUAUAGAGCUUUUUGUAGGGUUGAGCUGCUCGCUCUCAGAUAAGAUCUUGAAUGGGCUUUCAUAACAUCUGAAGAAUUAUGGAGAUCGAGGAGGGUGUUAUCCGCCUCGGCCGUCAUACUCAGUGUCAUUCAAUACCCUCUGAAAUACAAGCUGUUUACACAUGGUUUAAAUUAGAGGACACAACCUAUUGUUUUCUUUAUUUAUAAUUUGAAAGGUUAUUUAUAGUGAUCCAACUGGCAAGGUUGAAGGUACAGAAGAAACCUUGUUAAUACGGACACAAACAGGACAUGCCAAAGUAUCCAUUAUCUGGGUGUCCAUCUUAAGCAGGUUAAUUUUAGAGAAAAUAUAUGAGGUUUUUUGAACAGUGUUGGGACAAACGAACUGUCCGUAUUAUUAUACACGGGUGUCCAUAGAGCAAGGUUCCACUGCAUUAAUUUUUAUACCUUACAACAAAGUUUUAUUGUUUUCAUAAACAGUGCCUUUUGUUGUAAGAAUGUUUUCUUUUAAAGCAUUGACUGUAUUACCCUGUUACGGCGGCCUAGGUACUUUGAAGCUUUGGAAAAAGUAUACAAUGUAGUCUCAUCUUUUAAGAAGAGACUACAUAUUAACCACUCCACAAGGAAACUAAUCCAGUGAACACUGUUUCAUCUUUUAUAGGAUCUAGAAAUGUCAAUCAGACAGCUGUCAUCACACUUAAUGCCAUGGAAACAAGCAGGCGUGUUUCAAGGAGACCACAAGGGAUAUUCAAGAGUACACAGGCUCAAAGAAGCAGUUGAUGCUCUUUGUCAGGAAAAACGAGCCAGUCCUUCAGAAAUACAAACAGACCAGGAGCCAUCAUUUGAUCAUCUUAAGAGCAUUGUUGCUCACUUUCAAAAGCUAUUUGAUGUUUAUAGCAUUGAAGGAAUAUUUCCACGGAUGAAUGAAAUAUAUAUGCAACUUGGGGAGACAUACAAUUCAAUGAAUAACAUGCGGGACCUUCUUGGUUUGGGUAAAAAUAUUUCCCACUUAUUUCUAUUUUCUGUCUUAGCAUCCUCUCUCUUCUUUUUGCCCAGGUUAUUCACACAUUAGAUAGUGCUAUCCACUGGGUUAAACACUAUCUAACAGGCCCUGCUUGUUCAAACGUUGUAUGACGCCGUCCACCGGACAAAAAACUAAUUAUGUUAUCCACUGGCUAGUGAUUUACCCAGUUGAUAGUGUUAUUCACCUUUUGAACAACUGAAGCCAGAUCAAUGGGUAGAAAUUUUUCAUGUGGAUGUGAUAGAAUUAUCCUCCUUUUGAACAACUGGAACUUGUUUAGUAAUGAUAUGCUGUAUUUUACUUUUCAAAAGUCACCUAAAUUGUAUGUUGCAAGAAAAUUAGCCUGCCUACUUAAAAUUUUCUCUCAUCUGUAGCAAACCAAAAUAUUGUCAUUUUUCCUUUUUUGUUUGUUUACGUGUUUAGAUCUCCUUAUUAGAAAACAGUUUGGAAUAGGUUGCACAAGUUACAUGGAGAGUUUUCUUUUCUUUUUUAGAACCAACUUGCAAAUCAUCUGAUGUGGUCAAUGCAGUUGCUAAGCUUAGUAAAGCCAAACAUCUGCUGAUGGUUGAAGACUUGCCUGGGUAAACCUCCUCAUACAGAUAGAAAUAAUGGAGUUACUGUCUUCAGUGUCGCUAAGAAAUAGUGUUUUCAACAGGAGGCUGUGUAUGAGCUGAAACUUACAUUACACUAAAAAUUACCAUGUGCAUUUUAAGGGAAAUUCAAAAUAUGGUUUGCACAAAGGUUGUGACAGUAGCAUGUUCUCAGCUGGUUUCAAGAUUGCCAAAAGGAUUUGGUGCUACAUCCUUCGAUUUAUUACUAUGUAGGUGAUUAGGUGUAAUAGCUUUUGUUGAUGACUCAAGACAUCAGUCACUGGCCCCUAAGUAAAGGGCUCACUGAGUACAACGAUUAUAAUAUUCAUAAACAUAAUGUUGGUUAAGUUUCACUGUACUGUGUCCUUUUGUGAUCUUAUUUCUCUUUUUUCAGCAUAAUCAAACGUCUGGAUCAGUAUGAUGAGUUCUUUCCAGCUUUCCAAUCUCUUGUAUCUGAACUGAAGAGGCUUUUAAGUGAGUGCCUUUGUAUUCAUAGUUAUUGUGUCUUAUACUGAGGCAUUGCUAUUGCUGUAAUCAAAUGUGGGAGCUGCGUGAGGAGUCUGAUGAUCAGUCAGAUACACAGGGGCCCCACUCACAUAUUUUAAUGACGGGGGGGUCCGAAGGAUUAUUUUUGGCCUGACAUUUUGGCCAAAAGGGAUUUUUUGGGGUCUAUGAAAGACGCCGGGAUUUUUUGGGGUCGCGAGAACAACACAGGGAUUUUUUUUGGGUAUUGUAUUUUUCAUCAGCUCAAAUCAAAAAUAACAUAAGCGCAAUUUAUAGUUUUGCUUUUGACCAAAACCAAAGUUGAAGUUGGCAUGUUUCAGCUUUGCAGAAGAUAAAUAAUAAAAUUUGCUGAUGCAAAAACACUGAGGGAUUUUUUUGGGUAUGCUAAAAAAGUAGGGAUUUUUUUGGGUAGACAAAUUCUGAAGUUGGGAUUUUUUUGGGUGUAAAAUAUGAACCUCUGUCAGACCCCCCUGUCAUUAAAAUAUGUGAGUGGGGCCCCUGGGGUCAGAUACCUUAUUACAUGAAAUUUUUGCAACACAUUAAUAAUUUAGCGAUUUUGAAAAAUCCUUAUUUAGCGGCACAUUUUUAGCAAUUUUUUUCAUAAAUUUUGGCACAUAAGUCACUAAAUCUUCACGAUUUCACUAUCUAACUGAAACUGAAACAUUUCUCACUGACGGACAUAGUUGCUAUGUUUGAUUAGGAGUCAAGGGGAUCCAGCCUCCUUCACACUGAGUAUCACUUGUCUGACUGAUCGUUUGAUUCCUUACACAGUUCCUGUGUUUGAUUAGGAGUCACAAGGAUUCAACAAAUCCAGCCUCCUUCACACUGAGUAUCACUUGUCUGACUGAUCGUUUGAUUCCUUACACAGUUCCUGUGUUUGAUUAGGAGUCACAAGGAUUCAACAAAUCCAGCCUCCUUCACACUGAGUAUCACUUGUCUGACUGAUCGUUUGAUUCCUUACACAGUUCCUGUGUUUGAUUAGGAGUCAAAAGGAUUCAACAAAUCCAGCCUCCUUCAGACUGAGCAUCACUUGUCUGACUGAUCAUCACACUUCUUACAGGCAAAACACACAAACUUGCAUUUGCCAUGAUCAUCCCAGUAUCAUACAAUUCUCCUCAUGCUUUUGUUGUGUAUACUUGUCUUCUAUGUUAUCCUUCAGUAAAUGCUUUGAUUUGCCUUCACAGGAGUUCAAGAGAUGGACGAAAUAAUAACAGCUGUUACAGCACUUGUCAAGUUUCCUCCCUACUGAUAUUUUUAAAAGCAAUUACUUUUUUAUCUUUAAAUGUUGUUUUAUUUAUUUUUAUAUUAUCUUUAAUCUUAUUUGUGUGAAAGCUUAGCACC